AUGUUUGCCCCAGUGCAGAAAACUCAACUGGAUACCGACUGCCACCCAGGCAUGGGAUCACUUUCUGGACACGGCGAAACUGGGAGCACUCAGGAAAGGUUUCAAUAUGAAGUAGGUGUCUGUGCUAAAAACAAAGACUUUGCUCUCGUCUCACCUUCUUACUCUAAUGCUUUUUCGAGAGACUCUGACGUGGAUGACGUGGAUCUGGCAUACUUAUGGACGCUGAGAACGAACAGGCCUCUCACUGUGCUAGAGAGACAGCUUCUUGCAGUGUGCCCGUUCAGGGAUCAAACUUACGACCUUGGUGUUAUUAGUAUCACCCCUUAUGGAGCUGCGCUAACUGGCUACUAUUUAGAAAGGGGGCCUGACCUGACUUUUCACCUGUCUUCCACAGCUUCCCUUCUCAGGCGCCUUGGGGAAUACAUUCAGCAAUUUCAGGAAAGUUCUGGCCUGGGCCUGGCUCUGAACCCUGGGCCUUCAGCAUUCCCAAAAGAGGGAUGGCUGGAGCAACCACUGGACCCCUUCAAUACCUCUGAUGGGAGGUCUUUCUUACAGCGGUACUGGGUGAAUGAUAAAUAUUGGGUCACCCAAGAUGGACCUGUGUUCCUGCAUCUGGGAGGUGAGAGCAGCCUUGGGCCAGGUUCAGUGAUGAAAGGGCACCCUGCAGCCCUUGCACCAACCUGGGGGGCCCUGGUGAUAGGCCUGGAACACAGAUUUUAUGGCCUGAGUGUACCUGCCGGUGGCUUGAACAUAGUCCAGCUCCGCUUCUUGUCCAGUCGGCAUGCGUUAGCUGACGUGGCCUCUGCCCGCCUUGCACUCUCUCGAGUCUUCAAUGUGUCCUCCUCCAGUCCCUGGAUCUGCUUUGGAGGCUCCUACGCCGGUUCCUUGGCCGCCUGGGCCCGGCUGAAGUUUCCCCAUCUCAUUUUCGCCUCAAUCGCUUCUUCCGCUCCGGUGCGGGCUGUGCUGGAUUUCUCUGAAUAUAAUGACGUGGUGUCCAGAAGCCUAAAGAACACGGCGAUCGGCGGAUCCCCGGAGUGCCGGGCUGCGGUGUCCGCUGCAUUCGCGGAGGUGGAGCGGCGUCUGCGCGCUGGAGGGGCGGCUCGGGCUACGCUAAGGGCGGAGCUGGGCGCCUGCGGGUCCCUGGACCGCACGGAGGACCAGGCGGAGCUGCUGGGGGCGCUACAAGCUCUAGUGGGAGGAGCCGUGCAGUACGAUGGGCAGGAGGGAGCGCCGCUGGGUGUGAGGCAGUUCUGCCGACUCCUCCUAGGGCCCCAGGGCAACUUUAGCCACCCGGCUGCGUACCGCGGUUUACGUCGGGCAGUGAAGGUUCUCAUGCACAGCCUGGACCAGAGAUGUUUAAGCUUUUCCCGAGCAGAGACAGUGGCACAGCUGAGGAUCACAGAACCCCAAGUGUCCAGCGUGGGUGACCGGCAGUGGUUGUACCAGACAUGCACUGAAUUUGGCUUCUAUGUCACCUGUGAAGACCCCAAAUGCCCUUUCUCCCAGCUUCCAGCACUGCCCUCCUACCUAGAGUUAUGUGAACAGGUGUUUGGACUCUCAGCUUCAUCCAUAGCCCAGGCUGUGGUCCAGACAAACUCCUACUAUGGUGGCCAGACCCCUGGGGCCACCCACUUAUUGUUCAUCAAUGGGGACACAGACCCCUGGCAUGCACUAAGUAUAACCCAGAACUUAGGACCUUCAGAAUCAGCUCUUCUCAUCCCUAGUAGUUCCCACUGCAUGGACAUGGCACCUGAGAGACCCUCAGACUCCCCCAGUCUCCGCUUGGGGCGCCAGAACAUCCACCAUCAGUUGAAGACUUGGCUUAGGCUGGCAAAAGAAAACCAGGAUAGUGGUCCGGGAAGUGGUACAUUGGAUAAAGGAUUGGGCUCUCAAGUAUGAGGUCAUGAGUUCGAUCCCCAGUAGCACAUGUACCAGACUGAUAUCUGGUUCUUUCUCUCUCUCCUCCUAUCCUUCUAAUGAAUAAAUAAAGAAAAUCUUGGGAAAAAAAAAAUCAGGAUAAAGGUGAGUUGUGAAUCUCAUAUCCUCUCUGCUACCUGCAUGGUCACCUCAGACCUAGAUGCAUUCAUUCAUCAAAUGGAGAAAACAGCUUGCUUUGUAAGAGAAAAUUUCCAGAACUGGGAUCCAGCACUUGUUCUGUAUAUAACCAAUUUAUUUGUAUUUGCAAAUAUCUUUUUACCCAUUAAAAAUGUCCUGUUACAAAGAAUUGUGUUAAAAAUAAAAGAAGCAAUUGUGUAAAUACAAAUAGGUGAUUAUUCUCAUUGUGAAUGUCUGUAUUUUGAAUAUUAAGUAUCAAAAGGAACAUGCGGCUCUUGUGGUACAGUGAAUAAAGCGUUGGACUCUCAAGCAGGAGGUCAUGAGUUUGAUCCCCAGCAGCACAUAUAUCAGAGAGAUGUCUGGUUCUUUCUCUCUUUCCUCCUAUUUUUCUCAUUUAUAAAUAAAUAAAAU